AUGUCUUACAACGGAGACGAGGCCUCUGUUCCCGAUGCCUCAUCCCCUCCAACAAACGCUUUACACGAAUACUAUGGUUUUUCGAUCUACAAACACUGGUGCGACUAUAAAUAUCCUGAAGGGCCAUUAGAUGUCAUAAAUGCGCGACUGGCAGCAGCUGAUCGGGAAUUAAGAUCAGUUCACAUCAAUGCUCCUCAUUCAUCUCAAUUGUUGCAUCCAUGCCAGGACAAUCUUUCUCAUAGCGCUGCUUAUUAUCCUUCUCCUGCACCACGUCAACCAACUUCUCUCGGUCAAGCCGACUAUGACGGUAGUGAUGAUAGCGAUCAUAGUGAUGAUAGUGAUGAUUCCAUGGAUCUCGGCAGCUCAAAGGAAGUGUCGGCGCAAUCACAAGCUCCAGUUCCAGCUCCUUCCAGAAGUCAUUUUUCUACUGUAGCCAAGCGUCCAGCCGAAGGCGCCGCUCUUGUCGAUACUAAUUUCGAAGAGAAACCAGACCCCAUCCGCGCUGCCAUCAUGGCACGCUUAACCAAAGAAGCAAGAACAGAAACCCUUCCUCCUGAUGUUCCACACCGCAAACAACUUGACCUUCUGAGGGCCAUGCCUCUUCGCAGGCAGCUCUCUCUACGGAAAUCACACAAAGAGUUCUAUCGCUCGCGCCCCGACUACUGGGAUGCAACUGCCGGAUACUUAGUGGGUGAAGUAGUCCCUGAGCCUUGCAGCUACUGCAAAUCUGGUAAUGGACUGUUCUCUGAAUGUGUUGUGGUCCCACCUCAGCCUGGUAGUGUCAGACAACCAUUGGGAGGAGUUUGCAUGAGCUGUGCUUAUCAAAGCUCGGGGGGGAAGUGCUCGUUCCAUCCAAAGUAA